AUGACAACACGUACUUCAUCAUCAUCUUCAUCAGCAGCAUCUUCAGACAGUGAAGCACCAAGACGUGAGCGUAAUUUUAGUGAAACAUCAAGAGAUGUAUCUCAAAGUGAAUCCCGUGUCCUUGCUCCAUCAGCAACAAAUACUAUUGAUGGUACUUCAAUUGCUGAUACAGCAACUCUACGAACUAUUCCAUCACCAGCAAGUCAUGUAUCAAGAACAACUUCUGGUACAGGUACAGCGUACGAUUCAGUAAGCAUGGCAACAACAACUAAUACAGGUUUAACAAAUGCUACAACGCCUACACAACAACCAGCUGCUGGUGGUAUUCCUAUAAUUCGACCACCUAUUUUACAACAACAAACAAGUAUAGGUACUGGAGUUUUUGGACCACAACGACCAACUGGUUAUCCAACACAACCACCAGUAGUUCCAACAAAUGUUGUUAAUCAACAACCCAUUCGUAUUGAUGUAGCAGCAGCACAACAACAAUAUCAACAACAUGGACUUCAACCUAAAAUUAGUCCUUAUAGUGGUUCAACAGCGUCAACAAGUGGUGGAUCUUUAUCGAGUCCUGGUACUGCUUCUAUUCAACAACAACCUCAUGCAGGUCCUGCUCAUAAUAUAAUCAAUCAAGCAGAUCUUAAUAAAGUUCAUAUAAGUAAUUCUCAAGAAUUUCGUCCACAAACUCAAGGUGGUUUUAAUCAAGCUCAUGGACAAUUUUUUCAUCAUCAACAACAACAACAACCACAACAAUAUCAACAACAACAGUAUCAAACUCAACCACAAUUUUUUCCUAAUCAAAUACCAGCUCAUCAAGUUUAUAAUGAAUUACUUGGUCCUGAUGCUUUUAAAGAUGUUAUUGUAGAUAUUGAUUAUGGAGCUAUGGGAGGAUUUAAUGCUGCUUUUCAAUCAGGUAUGGAUUUUGUCGGUGGACAAUUACCACCUGGUAUUAAUGUACGUCCAGCAUAUACACCAGUUGAUGCUCUUCAUUUUCAACAACAUAUGUUUAAUACAGCACGAACAGUGCAUGCAGGUGGUGACAAUUUUAAUUUUCCUGGUGCUGGUCUAAGUGGUGACAAUUUUAAUUUUUCUGGUGCUGGUCUAAGUGGUGACAAUUUUAAUUUUUCUGGUGCUGGUCUAAGUGGUGAUAUAGGUGGUACUGGUGAUAUUUUUGGUGGACAACAAUUUGAUGUUGGUAAAGCAAUGUUUAAUCAAGCUAAUAUAAAUCUAGAUGGUACAAUUGGUGGAGAAGAAUUUCAACAAUGGGCUCAAGGUGGUGGUGGUCAACAAAAUAUUGUUGGACAACCAUACGGAGCAGCUGCUAAUUAUCAAACAAAUGUACCAAGUUAUGCUACUGGUAAUGAUAGUUUUUAUCAUGCAACUUUAUUCGAUGGAGCAGAUCCAGGUAUAGCUAAUAUUCUUCAACAAAGUGGACUUGGACAAGUUGUACCUAAUCAAUAA